GUCAAAGCUGCAAGACCCACCCUCAGCAGCCUGCAGAGUCUUCCUCCUUCCCCGGCUUGCUCAGAGCGUCCGGGCUUCGUAACUCAGAGCCACCAAAAUGGCUACGUUCCCGUCCUUUUCCCUGCUCUUCCUGGUGGCUGGGGCGUGCAUGACUCCACGGGGCUCCAGCGAGGAGAUCAUCGGGGGGAAGGAAGUGACCCCCCACUCCAGGCCCUUCAUGGCCUCCCUCCAGCGCCACGGCGUCCACCUUUGCGGAGGCGUCCUCAUCCACCCGCGGUGGGUGCUGACGGCGGCCCACUGCCACCCCCGGUACACCAAACAGCAGUCCUUCAAAGUGGUGUUAGGAGCCCACUCUCUGUCUCAGAGCGAGGACUCCAAACAGAAGUUCGACGUCCUGAAGUUCAUCCCAUUCCCAGGAUACUCCUCAGAUCCCAUCUCGAACGACAUCAUGCUGGUUCAGCUUCACACGGCCGCAAAACUCAACGAGAAUGUCCAGCUGCUCCAGCCAAGCACCAAGAACGAUAUUACAGCCGGAACCAAAUGCCAGGUCACCGGCUGGGGCGCCACCGACCGGGUCACCUUGAAACCCUCGGACACCCUGAGAGAAGUCACUGUCACCGUCAUCAGUCACAAGCUGUGCAACAGCCCCGAUUAUUACAACCACAACCCCGUCAUCCUCAAGGGCAUGGUGUGCGCGGGGGACGCCAGAGGCCGGAAGGACUCCUGCCAGGGUGACUCCGGCGGCCCCUUGGUCUGCAGCGGCUCCUUCUACGGCCUGGUGUCCUCGGGUCGUAAGUGCGGCGAGGCCAAGAAACCUGGAAUCUACAUCCUCUUCAUGCAGAAGUUCCAGGCCUGGAUCAAACGCCAGCUGCCCCCGCCUCCCGCACACUGAGGCGGCCGGCGAUUUUCCAGGGUCUGCCCGUUACUCGGUUGUGGGGGUUGUUUGUCUUCCCCGUGACACGUUCCACGGGCCACCCGUGUACCUCCAGGUGCGGCUGGAUGCGGCUGGGGACAGCCGGGGUCCCCUCCUGCCCCCUGAGGACUGACUUCAUUACAGGAUCAAGUUCUUUUUCGCAGGUCUCGCGGGUGUAUCUCUGCCAUGCUUACUUCAUUCUGAAUAAAAUGUAGAAGAG